AUGGAUUUCUGGCCGGAGUUUAUGGCGAGCAGCUGGGGAAGGGAGUUCGUAGCCGGUGGAUUUGGAGGCGUUGCCGGUAUUAUUUCCGGCUAUCCCUUGGACACGCUGAGAAUUCGUCAGCAACAGAGCUCCAAAUCCGGAUCUGCCUUUACCAUUCUCCGCCGGAUGCUUGCCGUCGAGGGUCCCGCCUCACUCUACAGAGGUAUGGCUGCACCCUUGGCCUCCGUCACCUUUCAGAAUGCUAUGGUAUUCCAGAUAUAUGCCAUACUCUCUCGCUCCUUUGAUUCCUCUCUUCCCCUAGAAGAGCCUCCUUCCUACAGAGGCGUUGCUCUUGGUGGGGUUGGCACUGGCGCUGUUCAGAGCCUCUUGCUUAGCCCCGUUGAGCUCAUCAAGAUUCGUCUUCAGCUGCAGCAGAGCAACAGCGGCCCCAUCUGCUUGGCUAAGACCAUCCUUAGGAGAGAAGGUCUCAAAGGGAUUUACAAAGGCCUUACCAUAACUGUUCUCAGAGAUGCUCCUGCUCACGGCCUCUAUUUCUGGACUUACGAGUACGUACGAGAAAGGCUUCAUCCCGGCUGCAGGAAGAGUGGAGAAGAAACCCUCCGCACCAUGCUGGUCGCAGGUGGCCUGGCUGGUGUCUCCAGCUGGGUCGUUUGCUAUCCUCUUGAUGUCGUCAAGACCAGGCUUCAACAAGGAAAUCAUGGUUCUUACGAUGGCAUUACCGAUUGUUUUCGUAAGAGCAUCGCACAGGAAGGCUAUGGGGUUCUCUGGCGUGGCCUCGGGACUGCAGUUGCCAGGGCCUUUGUUGUCAACGGUGCCAUUUUUGCUGCUUAUGAAGUUGCCUUGAGGUGUUUAUUCCCUCAACUGACGUCCGCUGAUGUUGCCAACGGAGAUCUGAGUAAAAAGCCAAAACAAGACGCCUUGAAGAUUCAUAAAGAGUGACUAUAGUUAAUAAGAUUGUUAACAUAUCUGACUCGCUUUAUGAAUCAGGCAGAAACUUCGUCUGUGAUAAAUAGCUGAGCACCAAGAACUUUGGAAAACCGAUCCCAAACACAAAGAAAGCAGAUGGAAUGAAAAUUCUUUUGCUCUCUGUUUUAUCUUUUA